AUGCUGUCCACCGCACGCUCCAAAGGGCUAGAGAGGGCAAUUACCUGUGCGCCCUCCGUAUCGAUCCCAGCUUUCCUGCUUCCCGCUUUCCCAGCCGUCUCCGCGCGAUCGUUUUCUGCAUCCUCAAACUGCCCCUCACAAAUUGGGCGUGCGCCGCUGUCCAUCCCGCCCGAAGUCAACUUCACGAUCCUCCCUCCCCGAGAACGAAAGAAUGGCAGGUCGCCAGUUGCCGCGAGGCCCACCGUGCAGAUCGAAGGUCCUCUGGGCAAGAUGUCCAUGACUAUACCUCCUUUCGUCAAUCUGGAGCAUGACACUGCGGCGCGGAAGGCAUUCGUCACAGUCGAAGACAGAGAGGUCAAGAAGCAGCGCGAGAUGUGGGGAACCACUCGCGCAUACCUCCAAAACCACAUCCUAGGCGUCUCGGAGGGCCACACGGCAAUCCUCCGCCUGGUGGGCGUCGGAUACAGAGCGACGGUCGAGGACACGGCUACGACCGCCGAGCCAGAGUUCCCAGGCCAGCAGUUUGUCGCGCUGAAGGUCGGGUACUCACAUCCGAUUGAGCUGCCGGUACCGCAGGGCGUGAAAGCCAGCACGCCGCAGCCGACGCGUAUCCUGCUGGAGGGCUGCGAGAAGGAGGUUGUGUUGCAGUUUGCGGCCAAGAUUCGCAUGUGGAGGAAGCCAGAGCCAUACAAGGGAAAGGGCAUCUUUGUCAACGGGGAGACUAUCAAGCUAAAGGCGAAAAAGAUAAAGUAG